AGAGAGAGGAAGGGAUACAAGAGCGUCCGCACACGUAAAGGGGCAAGCCGGGCGAAACCGCUGCGUCUCGCAAGAUGACGUGUAACUGGGCGUGGUUGCUGCUGCUGCUGUUCUCGCUGGUCUCGAUAGGCAUGUGUCUGCCCGCGAGCCUGAUGGAGGACGCGAAGAAGGCGGACCAGGUCAUGAAGCCGAAAUCAAAACGCUCGCAGGAGAUGCUGAUGUUCGGCAAUCAGCAGAAUCGACAGGCCGCCAACGCUGCUGCCGUCCCCGCCGCCGCCGGUGAGUCCUUCACGAACGCGGAGAAACGCACCCUCGCUGCCUCGGGGCUGGGAGGCUUAAAAGCUGCUCUCGCCGAGGACGACAAGCCAUCCCCGGUCCAGAAAUCGCCGAGCAACGCCAUGUACUCGCCGUACGACAAGAAUUACGACUACGGUACAGUGAUCGUGAACGAUGAGGAUAUGCCGCAUAUGUGGGACAUGUCAUAUUCGCGGUACUACGCGACGGCGGGCGGCGAGGAUCGGCGCAAGAGAUCGGAAAAGUCCACCGCGACCGCGCGGCCGAGCACCACGCUCCAGCCGCCGACGACGAGCACGUAUCAGCCGAGACGGCCGGCCAAUCUUAUGCCUACCCAGCAACCGGUGCAGGCUCAAGUUAAGAGGAGCGUCCCGUACUACCAGGAACCGCGAUACAAGCGGGAGCUGAACAUCAAUCCUGAUGACGUGUUAACCCUCCUGUCACUGUGGGAAAACGAACAGCGUAACGGAAACUGGCGCAAGUACGCUAACGAGGAGUACGAGAUAGACGACGGCGAUUUCCUCGACGAGGACGCCAGAAACGUUGUCCCGUGGCUGACGCCGGUGUAUCCGCGACACUACGACACGCUGUCGCCCUCCGACAUCGGGAUAGUCCGGACCCACCCGCCCAACUAUUACGAGCAGUACGGGAAGCAGCUGGAUCAGCAGUACGAGGACACCGCGCAGUACGGCAAUCACGUUAAUCCGCAGUACGAUUUCGUUUAUCCCGAGCGUACCGCGUAUUAUCCCCAGAAGAGGUUCAUGGUGUCUAAGAAGCGAACGCAGAGCUAUGAUCCGUACCCCGCCGCACAACUGCAGUUGAGCUCCCAGCCGCGAAGCUACCAGUAUCCCCAUCGAAUGGUCUACUAAAUGUAAUCCGCGACGUUGGGGCUGUCCAGAGAGGCGCGCGAGAGAGAAGCGAGAGCGUCUCUCCCCGGACGGAGAUUCUACCGGAAGGAAAGGAUGUGUCAGCCGACGGCCCUCGCUGUCGCUCCUCUUCGGCCAUCCUCCCUCUCUAUCGCAGGAGGCGGAACAAGCGACAGUCGCGACGACGGCGACGACGCGGAUUUAUUCGUUCUAAGAAAAAAAAAGAAUUAAACACGGUGCUCACACAGAGAGAGGCUUUCCUCGGGUCUGCAAGAGCCGCGCUGAAGAAUCGAGAGACGUGGCGACCUUCCGCGAUCCCUUUAGUCGAAGUAUCUCGAAAUAUUAAAAAAAAAUACAAAAAGAAGUAAAAAGUGACAAAUUCGCGUUUAGGAUAUGGAAUUUUAAUCGCGGCAACGAGGAAUCACUCUGACGGGUCUCCCUUCGUCGAAGGUGCCCCUGUUUAACACGAAUUUUAUGAUGCAGCGUGUAAAACAUAUCAGAGUCCAACGACUCAAUAUCCGAAACAAUUUUCCGCGCCAGCUAGCUCGUCGUAGGAAACCGAUCGAGCUCUCUCUUUUCUUCAAUCCGAUCGCGAUGAAAGUUAAAAUGUAAAGAAAAAAAAAGCUUCAGCGCGCUCUUGUUACUUACUCGCUUAAUGGUAAUGUUACGAUUUUAAGCUCCUUUUGCGUGUAUUAAUACGGGCGACGCGCCCGUAUAAUGACGCUACGACUGAAUCAUUAAACAAUCGUAGUAUCGAA